AUGCUGGGAGGCUUUAUGGCAGGGUUCAUAAAAGAGGGCAGUGUAGGUAGUGCCAGAGAAACUGCCCAGCGGAGGUGCUAGGAGCCUCUCCCUGCAGCAUCCAAAAGGCCCUCCCGGCAGGCUCCAGGCCUGGAGAAAGUCAGGAGGUGGGUCCCUAAGUGGCUGCCCACAGUGGUGAUUGGUAAACUCUGUGCAGCAGCUCGACCAGAGCACCUUCUCCACAAAAGGAAGAAAUUGGGGAAGUGGAGGCCUGAACCCACAGGUUAACACGGACCCCACACCACUCUUCACCUGGGCAGGAUGAGAGUGUCAGGUGUGCUCCGCCUCCUGGUCCCCAUCUCUGCCCUGGUGAUCACAUGGGUGUUUCUUCACAGUGCUGGCAACAUUCACAUCCAGACCAUUCGCCUGCCCCGCUGGUUGGCUCCUGCCACCACCAAAGAGCUCCAUGCCAUAAAGAGCAAGUGUGGCAACAGGAAGCCCUGCACAGAUAACAGCUUUGCCUUUAAGAUCUCCAGUGGGGCAGCCAAUGUUGUGGGCCCCUCCAUCUGCUUUGAAGACAAGGUGCUCAUGAGUCCUGUGAAAAAUAACGUGGGCAGAGGCCUGAACAUUGUCCUGGUGAAUGGCACCACGGGGGCCAUGCUGAGGGACAGCUUUUUCGACAUGUACUCUGGAGACCCCUCACUCCUGGAGAGAUUCCUUAAAGAAGUCCCAGAGGGCACACUGGUGCUGGUGGCUUCCUACGAUGAUCCCGGGACCAAAAUGAAUGAGCAGCUCAAGAAGCUCUUCUCAGACCUGGGCAGCUCCUCUGCAAAGCAGCUGGGUUUCCGGGACAGCUGGGUCUUCCUGGGGGCCCGGGGCCUCAAGAACAAAAGCCCUUUUGAGCAGUUUUUAAAGAACAACCCAGAAGAGAACAAGUACGAUGGCUGGCCAGAGCUCCUGGAGCUGGAGGGCUGUGUGCCCAGGAAGGUGUUUUAGGCUCCAAGGCUCCUGGCCACCUGGGGGGAGUUGGAGCACCAGCUCAGGGCUGGAGUGGUGGGAGCCCCAAGAGAGGGGCCAGAGCAGAGGGAGAAAGCACUGAGACCCCAUGCUCUCUCCCAGUGGAAGGCUGGGACUGCUGUCACUCUCUCCAGCACUGCUCAUAUUAAAUGUAUUUGUGUUGU